AUGGCUACUCAUCUCAACUUCGUCACCCUUGACGUCUUUACCACCACGCCCUUCAAGGGCAACCCCCUGGGUGUCGUCCACCUCCCUCCUGGGGCCCCGCUCUCUCAGGCCCAGAAACAGGCCAUUGCUCGAGAAUUCAACCUUUCAGAAUCAGUUUUCAUACAUGAUGUCGACCCAAGCAACGACCCCGACCCGCACACCCGCCGCAUCGACAUUUUCACGACGACCGAGGAGCUCCCCUUUGCCGGCCAUCCCACCAUCGGCACGGCCAGCUACCUCCAGGCGCAAGGGAUCAACAAGCUCAUCACCAAGGCAGGUCCCAUUCCCAUCCGCUCCGAUGCGGGAGAAGGGCUCGUUAGCGCUGCUAUUCCGCACGACACCCAUCUCAACUCCAAGGUUCUCGGCCACAUCGAGUCAACUCUUCGUGCGGACCGCCUGCAUUCCACCCCCGAGAUUCGCUCAGCAGAGCUUCAAGCUCCUAUUUUCAGCAUCGUGAAGGGGAUGACUUUUGCUCUUAUUCCCCUCCCGAGUCUGGAUCUGUUAUCUCAGGUUUUACCAGGCGCUUUCCCUUGUGCAAUGCGCGACCUUGUUGAUGUAGAAUGGAGUGAGACGUUCAUCGGGCGGUACUAUUAUGUUAUUUCCGGGACGAGCGUCUCGGACUCUGGGGUAAGGACGGUUCAGUUGAGAACGAGGAUGGUGGAGGAUCAGAUAGAAGAUCCAGCCACAGGGUCGGCAGCGUGUGCAUUGACAAGCUAUCUUGCCCUCCAGAAGUAUAGCGAGACAAGAAUUCAGUUUCAAGUGACACAGGGCGUGGAGAUGGGGCGGCAGAGUGAUAUUGCAGUCGAGGUUAAGGUUGAUGUUGGAGAGGACGGGGUGAGGAGGGUAAAGGAGGUACAGCUUGGGGGCAAGGCAAGACAAAUCAUGAGUGGAGGUAUUCUUGUGCCUUCUGUUUAA